UUAAAAAUAUUUUAGUGAGAGAGAGAGAGAGAGAGAGGGACUGUGAGAGAGUAACCCAAAAUACUUCCCUCACAGAUUUGCCAGAGAUUUUUGGGUCUCUCAGUUUCUCAUAAGCUUGAAACAGAGAAAGCUUUUGAUAGAAGUAAACCUUUUUUUUUAUUGUAUUUUACACUCUGAAAUCUUGUCCUGUUUUUAGUAUUCUAUAAUCAAACUCACUUUUUUCUCUGUCUCUGGCUUUCGGCAUUGCUGUUGUUAAGCUCAUUUUCAGUAGUGAAAAACUCAAGAACUUUGAUUCUUAUGUGAAAACUAAAGCCCAAAAAGAGUAUGUUCACUGAGGGACUUGAUAAAAGUGCUCUUCGUUGGGUUAGAGAGCAAAAGGAAGUUCCAUUGUCUAAUUCAAAUCUGAGACCUCGAAUCGAUCCCAUGUCUCAUCUCCGUACCGCCGGCGGCGGGGGUUUUGGACUUCCUCCGCCGUCAAAAUUCAGAAGUGGGCAUUUGCCUCCCAAUGCCAUUCCAUUGUCGAGAACUAUUCCGGUUCAUGAUGUUGAUAGUGGGUCCGGUUCUGAUAACGACGUGACCACUGAUUCAGAGGAAGAGGUUUAUGGGGGAAGAUACUCACUUGAUUCAUCGCCUCAAGAUGAUAGAAUUCCAAAUGGCACUGCUCAUAGAUAUGGGAACCCAUUAAAGAGAGAAACCAGUUGUGGGAGCGAUUAUACUUAUUCAGAUGUGGGUUCCUCCAUGGAAACUGUGGUGGGAAGGCACAAACUUGUGGCUGCGGAGAGGCUAGUCAGGGGAAAUGGGAGGUACGCAGUUGGAAGAAAUGGUUAUACUGAGGAUGAGUCUGAUGAUUCUGCUGGUAGCUCCGAGUUUUCGACCACGCAGGUUGGAGGAAGCAUCAAUGGUAAUGUGAUGAGGAGUAGAAUAUCUGAGGGAUAUGCUUCGAGCGUGCCUUCGACAGUAAAUGUGGAAAGUGCUGCUGAAAAGGGCUUACGUUCAAGAAAGCUUCAGAGUGGAAAGUUUUCUGAUGAUGAGGAUGUUGCUAGUGCACCGCCCUUUUCUGGUUCUGCCCAGGAAAUCAAACAAGCAGCUGAUAAGAGUCCUGCAUCUAGGAUAAAGGGUACUCCACAUACAGCAGAUUCACCUGAAAUCAAAACCGUGCCUAGUAUUAAGCUGGAGGAUAAAACUGGAAAUGAGAAUAAGUCUGAUCGUUUUGUAAGAGCCACUGCUGGUUCAGAUGCUGCUGCAUCGUUGGCUCCAGCUCGUCUCCCUACAUUUCAUGCUAGUGCUCUAGGCCCAUGGCAUGCUGUCGUUGCAUAUGAUGCAUGUGUUCGCCUUUGUCUGCAUGCUUGGGCAAUGGAAUGCAUGGAAGCACCCAUGUUUUUGGAAAAUGAAUGUGCUUUGCUAAGGGAUGCAUUUAGUUUACGGCAAGUGCUUUUACAAUCGGAGGAAGAACUGUUGGCAAAGCAAACUUCUGAGUUAGCUAGUGAGAAAGCUGCUCCAAAACCUAAGAAAAUUGUUGGCAAGAUGAAGGUGCAAGUUCGUAAAGUGAAAAUGUCCCUAGAUCCACCUACUGGUUGUAGCAUUUCUUCUCUCAGGCCGCCAUCUAUUAAACUGGAAACCAUCCGCUAUCACUUCUCCAAUCUGCAGUCAACACUUUCUUCUGGAUGGCAUGCUCUUCGUAAAAUCCGUGUUGUGCCUCGUCUACCUGCAGCUGCAAAUGGAUCGUUUUCUCGUCAAAGCUUGGCCUAUGUGCAUGCAAGCACUCAGUAUAUAAAACAGGUGUCUGGACUCCUUAAAACUGGAGUAACAACUCUACGUAACAGUUCAUCAUCAUAUGAGACAGUGCAAGAAACAUACUCUUGUUUCUUAAGACUGAAAAGUUCGACUGAGGAAGAUGCCAUCAGGAUGCAACCUGGAUGUGGCGAAACUCUUGUCUUCUUUCCAGACAGUCUAGGAGAUGAUCUCAUUGUCGAAGUUCAAGAUUCCAAGGGAAAACACUUUGGCCGUGUACUUGUUCAAGUUGCAGCCAUUGCCGAUGACCCGGCUGACAAGCUACGCUGGUGGUCAAUUUAUCGUGAACCAGGACAUGAACUCGUGGGCAAGUUACAGCUUUAUGUAACAUAUUCAACAAGCACUGACGAUAAUAGUCACCUCAAAUGCGGCUCUGUUGCAGAAACAGUUGCAUAUGACCUUGUUCUAGAAGUGGCAAUGAAGGUUCAACAUUUUCAGCAAAGGAAUUUAUUACUACAUGGUCCAUGGAAAUGGCUUUUAACCGAGUUUGCGUCAUAUUAUGGUGUUUCAGAUGUAUACACCAAGUUGAGAUACCUUUCUUAUGUUAUGGAUGUGGCUACACCCACAGCUGAUUGCCUCACUUUGGUAUAUGACUUGCUAAUGCCUGUUGUCAUGAAAGGCCACAGCAAGAGCACAUUGAGUCAUCAGGAGAACCGGAUUUUAGGAGAAACCAAGGAUCAAAUAGAACAAAUUCUCUCUCUAGCUUUUGAGAAUUAUAAGUCAUUGGAUGAAUCAUCACUCUCGGGUAUUAUGGAGGUUUUUAGACCUGCAAGUGGGCUUGCAGCACCUGCACUGGAACCUGCUGUUAAACUGUACACUCUUCUCCAUGAUGUCUUGUCUCCGGAGGCACAAAAUACAUUAUGUCAUUAUUUCCAGGUUGCUGUAAGAAAGAGAUCAAGAAGGCACUUGACUGAGACAGAUGAAUAUGUUACCAACAACAGUGAUGGAACUUUGAUGGAUACCCUAGCAAUGUCAACUGCUUACCAGAAGAUGAAAUCCUUGUGUGCCAACGUUAGGAAUGAAAUUCUUACUGAUAUUGAAAUCCAUAAUCAACAUAUUCUUCCCAGCUUCUUAGACCUUCCAAAUUUGUCAUCAUCAAUAUACAGCACUGAGCUCUGCAGUAGAUUGCGUGCUUUUCUUAUCGCUUGCCCCCCAAGUGGUCCUUCACCUCCUGUAGCAGAACUUGUUAUUGCAACUGCAGAUUUUCAGAGGGAUCUUGCCAGCUGGGGCAUCAGUCCUGCCAAAGGUGGAGUUGAUGCGAAAGAUUUGUUCCACCUGUAUAUUAUGGUGUGGAUUCAAGAUAAGCGUCUUUCUCUGCUCGAAUCAUGCAAAUUAGACAAGGUAAAAUGGUCAGGAGUUAGAACACAACAUUCUACAACUCCUUUUGUUGAUGACAUGUAUGAUAGACUGAAGGAAACUUUGAGCAAUUAUGAGGUCAUCAUAUGCCGAUGGCCGGAAUACACUUUCGUUCUUGAGCAUGCUAUUGCUGAUGUUGAGAAGGCAAUAGUGGAAGCUUUAGACAAGCAGUAUGCAGAUGUAUUGUCACCAUUGAAGGAAAAUUUGGCACCUAAGAAAUUUGGCCUCAAGUAUGUUCAGAAACUUGCCAAAAGAUCAGUGUCCUCCUAUGUAGUUCCUGAUGAGCUCGGAGUUUUGUUGAAUUCGAUGAAGAGAAUGCUUGAUGUCUUACGGCCGAAGAUUGAAGCGCAAUUUAAAUCAUGGGGUUCCUGCAUCCCUGAUGGUGGAAAUGGAGUUCCUGGAGAGCGUCUCAGUGAAGUAACAGUCAUGCUGAGAGCAAAGUUUAGAAAUUAUCUGCAAGCAGUUGUGGAAAAACUUGCAGAGAAUUCUAAGUUACAGAGUGCAACAAAGGUGAAAAAGAUUCUUCAAGAUUCAAAAGAAAAUGUAGUAGAAUCUGAUGUACGAAACAGAAUGCAGCCUUUGAAAGACCAGCUGACAAGUACAGUAACUCACCUUCAUACAAUCUUUGAAACUCAUGUCUUUAUUGCAAUCUGUCGAGGUUACUGGGACCGAAUGGGACAGGAUGUUCUUAGUUUCUUGGAGAACAGGAAAGAGAAUAGAUCAUGGUACAAGGGUUCACGUAUUGCUGUGUCUAUUCUGGACGAUUCAUUUGCCUCAGAGAUGCAACAGUUGCUUGGGAAUGUCCUGCAGGAGAAAGACCUGGAGCCACCAAGGUCUAUCCUAGAAGUUCGUUCAAUGCUGUGCAAAGAUGCUUCCAAUAACAAGGAUAAUACGUACUUCUAUUAAGCUCAUCAAUGUUAAAUUUCAAUGGAGAGUGAAGGGCAAGUGUUUUUAUGAAGUGGAAGUUCAAGCAUAGAAGGUGCUGACACAUGAUCUUGUUGACCAGCUCAAAGAUCAGGGAAAUAAUGUCAUUUUUGGCUUCUAAUAUUAUGUACAAAAUCUACGCAAUCCUGAUGCUUUAAUUUUGUAGAGGGAGCAAGCAACUAGCUGCUCCAACAUCCCAGUCCUGCUUGCUCGAAAAGCCUUUAUUUUCCUUUAUUUAGAUAUAUAUAUAUAUAUAUAUAUAUGAUAUAUAUUAUAUUUACAUAUAUAUAUAUAUUUCUUACUAUAUAUUUUGUAGAUGCUGUAAAACCCAUCCAAUUUUUUGUAAUAUCCAUAUAUGAUUUAAAAUCUCU